AUGGUUUGUGAAUGUCCACCGUUCCAAGGACUCGAGGCGUCAGACUCUUUCAUAUACCAAACGUUAUUAAGAGAGUGCGUGUACACUCAUAUUGAUGAGAUCUCAUUAUGGUCGAGAGAAGUUUGUGUCCUUCUUUCGAUCUAUUUCACGUACAUCGAAAUCAACAGUUUGAGGUAUUUAGAGGUGAAACCGAAGUACAACAGCUUUAUAAUGGCGCUUCGCAUUAUCCUGAGUUUUCUUGGGUUCUUCAUGAGUCUCAAAUUCGGGUUAUUUGCGACAGAGACGACAAUCAGUUUAAUCGAGUUAGUUGGUGUGUUGGGGACCUAUUACAUGUUACAAGAAGAAGAGUCUUCAAAGAAGCGAGUUUUGACGGUUUCCAUAGCAGUUCUUUGUAUACUCUUUUGGAUGCGUCCAGCUAUGGAGCAGUGUACCCAACGUGUCUUACCAAGCAGUUUCUUUAACAUUGUUUUAUUACUCAUUAGUGCGAUGUUAUAUAACACCAAAAGAAACGUCCUCUUUUUCAUUUGGAUAUUCACACAGGACGUUUCCAUCUCUUUGAUGCAGUUACUUCUUCUCGUCGUACAGAAAGUGCUUGAGACAAUUUCUGUGUUGUUCUUUGGUGCUAUGCUCACCAGUCCACUUUGGUUUCUUCUUUUCGCGAUAUAUGGAAUGGGGUCGAUAUUUCCACUCAUCGCUAUUGGCGUUGUGUUGCUCCGAAAACUCAUUUUUGUCAUCAGACACCCCAAGAGAUGUUGA